AUGUCUCUUGCAGAAGAGUUCCGUUCGAGAAACUUUAGUAUCUACGGACAAUGGACGGGGGUGCUGUGCAUCAUCCUGUGUCUUGCCGUCGGUAUUGCCAAUAUUUUCUCCUUUAACGCGGUUCUCAUCAUUUUCAGCAUCUUGUGCAUCAUUUCGGGCUGCAUUCUUGUCUUCAUUGAAGUGCCAUUCCUCUUGAGAAUCUGUCCUACCUCCGAGAAAUUCGAUACCUUCAUCCGACGGUUCACAACCAACUAUAUGCGAGCUGCGGUAUAUACCGUUAUGAGUAUUGUCCAAUGGCUCAGCUUGCUCAAAGAUCCCUCCAGUCUACUCGCCGCCGCUGUCCUCCUCCUCAUCGCCGGUCUAUUCUAUGCGCUGGCAGGUCUGAAGAACCAGGAUUUUGUUGGCAGCAAGACCCUGGGCGGACAAGGCAUCGCGCAAAUGAUCGUCUAA